AUGGCUCCGGCUUCGCAUAUUGAGCUCGACGCCCUCGACCACAUCGCUGCGUGGAAUAUUCCACAGAGCGUGAUCUACUUGAGUUUGAAGCAGGAUGUCACGAUUCACGAUGCCUUUGGACGUCUCCAAGAAGGUCUGCGUCGAACCUUGGCUCAAAUCCCGUGCCUCAACGGUCGCGUACACUGGCGGAACGAGGAUACCACGGGGUGGCGUCCCGGCCAGUUGGAGAUUCGUUACGAACCCAUCCGGCAUCUUCCACAACCAUCUUUGUCGCCGCUGCAUUUCAGCUGGAGACAUGUCAGCGGGCAUCCUGCUGCGGCGGGAAUUAUAACAUUAUUCCAUGCCAAGGCGGUCGCAGGCAAUCGGGGUAUAGCCUCUAGCCUCAACGCCAUCUGCUCUUUGAAGCUCCACAUGCUCACGACUGUCAGUUUCCUUGUCGUAUCGGAUAGUACCGAACAUCCUUUCUCAGUUGCUGGCCGAAUUAAUCUCGGGGGAAAGUCUAGUCCCAUGAACAUCUGGCACUCGAAAGAUGAAAUCAAAUACAUGCGAAGCAAGCAAUCACCACAGGUGGGGGCUCCUUUGCAGGGUGUCCAUAUGGGGCACGGCUGCGCGCCACUGGCGCAGGGUGCGAAGCUGGGAUCGUUGAGACAUGAUAAUCCCUGA